AUGGUCCAACUGGACAACUUCAGCACGGAGCAAAAACAACAGUACAUCCUCGCCACCGUGGUCAUCGGCCUGAUCCUGUCAACUGGGUCACAUGUAGCGAGAAUAUACGCGCGGCUAAAGAUCAUAAAGGAGUUACGAAGGGAAGACUGGUGCAUGACGGGUGGUCUAAUACUGAGCUAUGGAACAGUGGCAUGUUUGCUCUACGAAUUCCUCCUCAUGAUCUGGAUCAUCCAGAAACUCCAACCCCCAACCCUCUUCCUCAUCAAACUCUCCUUCAUCAUCUUCCACAUGACAAUCUUCCAAGGCGCCACCUUCCGGCGCAUCUCCUGGAUCGUCGCCAUCCUCACAGGCUGCUGGGCAGUCGCCAACGUUUUGGGCACAACCCUCCAGUGCAAACCCCCUUCCUUCUUCUGGGACAAGGACCAAACCGGCUCCUGCCUCCAAGACCCAGUCCACAGGAUGGGUGUCCCCAACGCAAUCAUCAGCUCGCUAGGGGACGUCAUCAUUUUCGUGAUGCCCAUCCCGCCGUUGAUGAAACUUCGGGUGCCGAGGAGGACAAAAAUCGGCUUAGUGGGGGUCUUUAGUCUCGGUAUUUUGUACGUCGUUCCCCCUCCCUUUCCACCACCACUACUCCCAGGAACUAACCAAACCAGCGUCCUCGUAGCCAGCUUCUUCCGCUGGAUAGCCCUCAUCGGCUCCGACAGGGACAUCUUCAACUCGUCCCAGGUCCAAACCGGCGUGUGGACCUACCUCGAAAUGUCGGUCGGCAUCACCUGCGGGAACCUCCCCUUCUUGGCUCCCCUGCUGGGGUGUGUCGGGCCGACGAGGAAGUCGCAUAUGCCUGCUUUGUCGACGAGGGAAGAAUACUAUGCUAGGAAUCUGAAGGUUGAUCCACUUGCUAGUGGGACGUCGCAGAAUACCGCCAGUACUAUCACCAGAGGGCAGAAGCCGCUGCCGAUGGUGCCGGGUCAGCACUGGCAGAAGAGGGAGGGGUUCACGAGGUUGUAUGAUAGGGGCGGACAGGGGAGGGAUGGGAGCUUGAGGACGCUGCCGAGUGAGUUUGAUAUGGAGAUGCAGGCUAUUGAUGCGAUGGGGUUGGAGAGGGAGUCUGGGGAGGAGUUGGUGGGUGAUAGGCAGGGGGAGAGGGGGAGGGGGAAGGGGGAUGGGGGGUUUUCUUGA